UUAGGCGCGCAUUGGCAUUAAUUUGAAAUUGGGACACUUGGUUAAGGUUAAUGCAUGCAAAAGAUAAACAAAGGAAAUCAACAGGAAACUCAAGUUGGUCUCACAAUGCAAACAAUAAGAAGCAAAUAGAGGGCGAGGUUAAAUGCAUUUUUAAUAACCAUGACUGAGCCCAAGGCACUGGCCAACGUAUCAAAAAUACUCACAGUUCAAGAACAAUGGCCAGCUAUUAUAGACGCAAGAAACCGGACAUGGUAUUCUUGAAUUCCAAGCCCAUAAACAGUGGAAAUGCACAGGCCUAUUUACAUGGCGUAAGGAAAUAUUCCAUUGGAUUGGCUGAGCGUUUAGACAGUGAUUAUAUACCGCCACCCAAUGAUGGAAAACGAAGCUCAGUCAGCACAAUUGCCUCCAAUAAUCCAGAUUUUACACCGAGCGUUUUCUAUCGCAAUAUCGCUCCGGUUAAUUGGUUUCUGCGCAUCAUUGGCGUCCUACCCAUGGUACGACGAGGUCCUUCUCGAGCUAAAUUUGCUCUAAAUUCAGCUGCUUUUAUUUAUUCGGUUGUUUUCUUUAUGCUGCUAGCGUUCUAUGUGGGCUAUGUGGCCAACAAUCGUAUUCAUGCUGUGCGCUCCCUUAGUGGACCCUUCGAGGAGGCCGUCAUUGCGUAUCUAUUCCUGGUGAAUAUCCUACCGAUUAUCGUUAUUCCGAUUCUCUGGUGGGAGGCAAGGAAGAUCGCUCGUUUGUUCAAUGACUGGGAUGACUUUGAGGUGCUCUACUAUCAAAUCUCUGGUCACAGUUUGCCAUUAAAUCUUCGCCAGAAGGCAGUCUACAUUGCCAUCGUGCUGCCAAUACUUUCGAUACUCUCUGUUGUCAUCACACACAUAACAAUGUCGGAUUUGAAUCUCAACCAGGUGGUGCCGUAUUGUAUAUUGGACAACCUGACAGCUAUGCUGGGCGCCUGGUGGUUUUUGAUCUGCGAGGCAAUUAGCACCACGGCUUAUCUGCUGGCGGAACGUUUCCAGAAGGCUUUAAAGCAUAUUGGUCCGGCUGCCAUGGUGGCUGAUUAUCGUGUCCUCUGGCUGCGUUUGAGCAAGCUGACUCGCGAUACAGGCAAUGCUCUAUGCUACACUUUUGUGUUCAUGAGUCUCUAUUUGUUCUUUAUCAUAACUUUGUCGAUUUAUGGACUUAUGUCACAGCUCUCAGAGGGAUUCGGCAUCAAGGAUAUAGGAUUGACCAUAACGGCCCUUUGGAAUAUAGGUUUACUCUUCUAUAUAUGCGAUGAAGCGCAUUAUGCCUCAGUGAAUGUCCGAACCAAUUUCCAAAAGAAACUGCUGAUGGUUGAGCUCAACUGGAUGAAUUCGGAUGCCCAGACAGAGAUUAAUAUGUUUCUGCGUGCAACCGAAAUGAAUCCUUCGAAUAUUAAUUGUGGCGGCUUCUUUGAUGUAAAUCGUACUCUAUUCAAGGGACUGCUAACCACUAUGGUCACCUAUUUGGUAGUGUUGCUACAGUUCCAGAUCAGCAUUCCAACGGACAAGGGAGACGGAGAUGGCAACUCGAAUAUGACGGUGGUCGAUUUAUUGAUGGAUAGCUUAAGCAAUGACAUGACCUUACUCGGUGCCUCGAGCACUGUAGCUACACCAUCCACAACAACAACAGCAAUCCCUACAACAGUCAACCGAUCGGGGCGCGGCCGAAAGGGCUAAAAUAGGUCAAGGUAAAUGAAAGCU